AAGAUGUCCAAGGGGGAGGUGGUGCUUUUGGAUUGUUGGAUGAGCCCGUUUUGCAUGCGGGUGAAGAUUGCGUUGAACGAGAAGGGCGUUGAGUAUGAGCACAGGGAGGAGGAUUUGUUCGGAGGCAAGAGCGAGUUGUUGCUCCAAUCGAAUCCGAUACACAAGAAAGUGCCGGUGCUCCUGCACGAUAGGAAGCCCUUGUCCGAAUCCGCCAUCAUAGUUGGAUACAUUGAUGAGAUAUGGGCUUCACCACCUUUGCUCCCGAGCUGCGCAUAUGGGCGUGCCAAGGCCAGGUUUUGGGCGGAUUUCAUCGAUAAAAAGCUGUACGAGGCGGCCACCCAGAUAUGGAGGACCAACGGAGAGGAGAGAGGGGCAGCAACGAGGGACUUCAUAGAGACAUUGAAGCAGAUGGAGGAAGCCCUUGGGGACAAAAACUACUUCGGUGGAGAGGGAGAUGCGUUCGGGUUCGUGGACAUCAUGGCUAUUGGAGUGGCCUCGUGGUUCCAUGCGUACGAGAAGUUCGGGGGCUUCAAGGUGGCGGAUCACUGUCCCAAGCUGUCGGGCUGGCUCAAGAGGUGCAAGCAGAGGGAGAGCGUGAGCAAGGUCCUCCCCGACCCGGAGAAGGUCUACGAGUUCGUGGUCAUGCUGAGGAAGAUGCAAGGUCUCGACUGAAACUUCCUUCUGGCCUUUCGUAGGUU